AUGAUCGUGGGUGCUUACAAAUAUUUGGAAGAAUUACAACGUAAAAAACAAUCUGAUGUCAACAGAUUUUUAUUCAGAGUUAGAGUCUGGGAAUACCGUCAAAAAAACGUUAUUCACCGUGCUUCAAGACCAUCUCGUCCAGAUAAAGCUAGACGUUUAGGUUACAAAGCUAAACAAGGUUUCGUUAUCUACCGUGUCAGAGUUCGUCGUGGUAACAGAAAGAGACCAGUUCCAAAAGGUGCUACUUAUGGUAAACCAACCAACCAAGGUGUUUCUCAAUUGAAAUACCAAAAAUCAUUACGUACCACUGCUGAAGAACGUGUUGGUCGUCGUGCUGCUAACUUGAGAGUUUUGAACUCAUACUGGAUUAACCAAGAUUCUACCUACAAAUAUUUCGAAGUUAUUUUAGUUGAUCCUCAACACAAAGCUAUCCGUCGUGAUGCUAGAUACAACUGGAUCGCUAAACCAGUUCACAAACAUCGUGAAGCUCGUGGUCUUACUGCUGCUGGUAAGAAAUCUCGUGGUCUUAACAAAGGUCACAGAUACAACAACACCAAAGCUGGUCGUCGUCACACCUGGAAAAGACAAAACACUUUGUCAUUAUGGCGUUACCGUUAA